UGGGGAAAUAGUAACUGCGGGGUAUUGCCUUGAGUUGGGAGUGUGUCGUGGGAGGGCCUCCACGACACAAAGAACGGUCAUUUUUAUCGUGUAGGUUUAGGCUGCUUAGUGGUGUCGUUGAGCCGCUGGGAGGCACGUGGAAAGUGAGAUACAAGCACUGAAUGGGAUAAAUGCAAUGCAGUUUUAAAAGUGAUAAAACUUGAGAAACUUUUCAAGGGUGUCUGAUGGUGACCUGGGUGUCAGUGCAUAACCUGCUGCCUCUAAAGCAAGCUCUUCACUCUGUCCAAGAGAAGGGUUUUCUUGGGACUUUGAGGAAGCAGGUUGCAGCAAAAUGCUGUACUGACAAGUAGCAGAGACUGAGGCAAAGUCAGGCAGUGUAGCAGCCACGCACAUUCUUACCUCUGACCUGAGUUGAACCAAGAUGGGAGGUGCUGUGAGUGCUGGGGUGGACAAUGAUGACCUUGUGGACAACCUCAAGGCUGCCAACUAUAUCACCACACCCCUCCUGGAGCGGGUGUUCCGGGCCGUGGACCGUGGGGACUACUUCACUGCAGAGAACAGGGAGCAGGCCUACCGGGACAAUGCCUGGAAGAAGGGAAACCUGCACCUAUCUGCUCCAUGUAUAUAUGCCAAGGUGAUGGAGGGUCUUCAGCUCUCCCCCGGGCAUUCCUUCCUCAACCUGGGGUCUGGCACGGGCUACCUGUCCACCAUGGCUGGCCUCAUUGUUGGUCCAUAUGGGGUGAACCAUGGGGUGGAGCUUCAUGCUGAUGUGCUCAAAUACAGUUUGGAGAGACUAGAAGAGUUUAAGAAGAACUCCCCUGCCAUUGACGCCUUCAAUUUCUGUGAUCCGCAGUUUGUCCAAGGUAACUGCUUGUGUAUGCCACCUGAUGUGCGCCUGUAUGAUCGAGUGUACUGCGGCGCCUCCUGCCCCGAGAGCCGAGAGCAGUACAUGAAGUCUCUCAUUAAGCCUGGGGGUGUUCUGGUCAUGCCCAUCAAUGACCAGCUGGUGAAGAUGACUCGCAAUGGACCAGACACUUGGGAGACUGUCUCCCUCCUCCCUGUCUCCUUUUCCUCCUUGGUGAUGCCGGACCCCAAGCACCCUCCUCCUACCGUCUCCCUGCCACUUGUCAACCUCAUGUCUGACCUGCAAGACUUAUGCCGUCAGCAAGUCCGUGCCAUCUUACGUGCUAACAUAGACUUGGAGCGGCCGAAUUUGUCCACGGCUGCCAACAAACCUGUGACCAAGCACCCAAGGCAACGUGACCGCAGAAACAUCCACAGAAUUGUUGUCCCAUAUGUUCCUGUGCCCUUCUAUGAACCAGAUGAUGAUGAGGAUUCACGCAUGCUCUCUGAGGAUGAGGAUGAGGAUGAUAUACACUUUGAGCAGCGACACACAGCCCAUCAAAUAUCUGCUUUCUUUGAGUUGGCUCGAGACUUUGCUGGGCACAGGAGAUCAGAGAGAGAGGAAAGAAGGAACCAGGAAGAAGAAGAGCAUGGCAGCAAUGAUGAUGAGUUGGAUGAAGAGAAUGAGGAGGAAGAUGAUGAUGAAGAGGAGGAAGCCAGCAAUGCAAAGUCUAAGAAAAUCCGAAACACUUCAAACUCAGAGGAGACACAGGAAACCCCUAAAAAGCCAGAGUCAAUCACUGAGAAGCCUGAUGAGGAGGAGGAUGUGGAAAUGGCUCCUGGAAACUCCAAUCAUAACAGUGGCUCCACUCAGAACAGUGGUCCCACCCAGGCAGCUGCCACUCCUUCAAUUGUAGCUGCUUCAUCCUCUACUUCUGGUGUAGCACACUCAGACCCUAUCCCAGUCCUGGCCCCAGCACCCACUACACCGUCCAAAUCAAGCAAGAAGCGUGAGAAAUUUGAUAGUGGGGUUGGGGAUGAAAUAGAAAAUGGGAAAGGACCAAGCUCAGAAGAGUCGGACCUAGGAGAUGAACGUGAUGUGGACAUGGACAUUGAUGAUUCCUCAGACUCAGACUACUCAGACAACUCUGCUCCACGACUGAUGAAUUACCUGCUGGAUCCAGAUGAUCCAAGUUGUCCAUGUGGUGGGGGUUGUGGUGAGGCCUUCAGAGGAAAGAAAUCAGAUAAAAAGGAAACUGAAGAUGAGGAGGGAGAAGGGGAAAAGAAAGAUGAAGAGAAAGAAGAGGGUGGAGCUUGCAAGAAGGCAUCAGCCAUAGAAACAUAUUCCACUUACAUGCGAGAGAAGAUUAAGCUCUUGCCUCUGCCUCUGGCCCUCAAGCUGUACCUGAACUACAACAGAGAGUUAUAAGCGUGGUGGGGGGGGCAGUGCCGGCACCCCCACCACACCCCCCCAGUGCCCGAAAGCUCCUGACAGUGCAAUGUGUUUGGAGGAAGCCCAAUAUCAAGGAAGUGGGUGAGAGGCUAACACAGGCUUUCUUAAAGACAGCAUGAGGUUGGGUCUUUCAAAGUGUACAAACUCAAGCCAAUUUCUGCAGCUACAAGCAGCGCUUCAUGAGUCCUAAUCACACUACCGUUCCUUACAACACAGGAGGCACAGAAGAGCCUUGGGGAUGCUCACUUACUGCAAGGGAAGUGGAAGGGGAAAUGGUAAUAAUGAAAAGUGAUAGGGGUUUUGACUAGUGUCUUUCCAUUUGUCGAGUUGCUCACUCGCAUGUUUAGCCGUUUGCAUAAAAAAAUGACGACUGAGCAUAUAUUAGUGCAGCAGCAGUUAGUGUAUAAAGAUAUAUAUAUAUAAUAUAUAUAAAAAUCCUGAUGGUUGCAGUGUUAUAUAGAGGUUUGGCAGAUUUAUAUUGACAGAAAUGUCUUAUUUAUUGAGUCUAUAGUCAUGCCGUGUUACUGUGGUACUGUAAUGCUGGAACACACACAGAUUGCCACUCACUAUAUGGCUGUGUUGUGAACCCAUGCUAGUUGGAUAUGUAACUUAUUGUGUAUGGUAUAUGGCAAUAUCAGUUUUCAAUUUUCUUUUAUAUAUAUACAAUUUUGCAUCCAAUUUCUUAGUCUGGGUCAGUAGGGGAUUAGAGCCUGACUGAUUACAGAAAUCAGUUGAGUUGGGCAUUGGUCAGUGGCUGCUGGGUAACACUGCAGAGUCAGGCAACGAUGUGAGACACUCGUUUACUGAAUGGCCCCGGCAGUAUAACAUAAUGGCAUUAUCUGUAAAGUUCAACACUAUAUUUGUGUAAGUGUAAGAGGAAAUACUACUUAAGUUACUUCAGGACCAAAGCUUUGCCAAAAUAAAAAAAAAGGAAAAAAAAGUGAAUUAUUCAUAUACUAGUUAACAUUGACAGUUGAUAUAGUAUUAACCUGCUGAUAUGAAAUGACUUGCAAGAGGAUUUAUUUCAAUGCUGUAUUGUAUAAAAUUUUGUUUUGUAUGGUUUAUUUGUUUCCAUUUUCAUACAUACAGUGCUGGAAUUGUAUAUUGCUUUGAAAAUAUUAUAUAUCACAUAUAUUUUGCCAUUGCAAGAGCUUUGAUCCUUUAUGAAUGGAUAUAUUUUGUAGUCUUCUUGAGUAUGUAACCCGAGUCUUGCUUGAUCAUGCCCAGUGGCAUACAAAUUUAAUGGAUGGUAAGGGAAGGAAAGCAUAUGUUAUGAGUCUCAAGAUAAAGCUAUAUGAAAGGA